AUGCGUCUCUCCAUCCUAACUUCCGCUUUUCUCUCCGUAACAGCCGUGUUUGCCGCUGAGCUCGGCAUCAAGACGACCAAGGAAGUCGAGUGCAAACGCAAGACUGUCCAGGGAGAUACGGUCCACAUGCAUUAUCGUGGAACGCUCGCGUCGGAUGGAUCGCAGUUUGAUGCUAGCUAUGAUCGCGGCACGCCGCUGACAUUCAAGCUUGGAACAGGGAGGGUUAUUAAAGGAUGGGACCAAGGUCUGCUCGACAUGUGUAUUGGCGAGAAGCGGACCCUCACCAUUCCUCCGGAGUAUGGCUAUGGUGAUCGCGGCAUUGGCCCGAUCCCCGGUGGCUCGACGCUUAUCUUCGAGACGGAGCUCGUGGGCAUUGACGGUGUCAACAAGGAUGAGCUGUGA